AUGAGCACAGUAAGAGAGGAUGCCAAGUCUGGCGCUGCUGUUGCUUUAGUAACGCUGUCAGAUAAAGAUGAGGGUGAAAAUGGAAAAGUGACUUGUCAGAUAAGUGGUACUGUUCCUUUCAAACUGCAGUUUUCUUAUAAAAAUCACUACUCUUUAGUUGUAGACGGGCCUCUGGACAGAGAGAAAUGUUCUCAGUACAAUAUCACUAUUAUUGCUAUGGAUGAGGGGACCCCACCUCUCUCCAUCACCAGUGUUGUUACUGUACACAUUUCUGAAGUGAAUGACAACCCACCCCGUUUUCCAGAACAUCUUAUUAACGUGUAUUUAAAGGAGAAUAGUCCAGUGGUAGGUCUGAUAGUGUAAAUGCGUAUAAUUAAGAUGAAAUUGAAAACGCGUAUCUAUUCUAUACCGGAAAGUAAAAGUGAUAAUAUAUCGCCCUCCACAAUAGUCAACAUUAACUCCAUAAGUUGUGAAAUAUACAACAGUUAGUCUUUUAAUUAUGGUUUUCCUCCACUAAGCAGCAACGUCACUGUCAACGAUUUUAUCCUGGAUGAGAAUGACAACAGUCCUGUGAUUCUCCCGCCCUAUUCUGACCACGGCUCUGUUAAUUCUGAGAACAUUCCCUAUUCUGCUGAAGCGGGCUACAUUGUGGCCAAGAUCAGGGCUGUAGACGCCGACUCUGGUUAUAAUGCGCUGCUUUCUUAUCACAUCUCUGAACCAAAGGGGACCAAUCUAUUCAGAAUUGGAUCCAGCAACGGAGAAAUAAGUACUAAGAGACGCAUGAGUGACAAUGACUUAAAAAUUCACCCGCUGGUCAUUUUGGUGUGUGAUAAUGGAGAACCUUCCCUGUCUGCGACUGUGUCUAUUGAUGUUGUGGUUGUUGAAAGUACAGGUGACAUGCAGACAACUUUCAGACAACUGCCUGUAAAGGAGGAGAGUUUCUCAGAUUUAAAUCUGUAUCUGGUCAUCGCCAUUGUGUCAGUAUCAGUGAUAUUUUUACUGAGCCUCAUCAGUUUAAUAGUUGUAAAAUGCCACAGGACAGAAGGCAGUUUCUGCAGGUACAGCGCCCCAAUGAUCACCACACACCCCGACGGGAGCUGGUCUUAUUCCAAAUCUACUCAGCAGUAUGACUUGUGUUUUAGUUCUGACACACUGAAGAGUGACGUAGUAGUUUUCCCCACGCAGUUUCCACCUGCUGAUGGUGAGUUGAUCAGUAUUAAUGGAGGAGAUACUUUUCAACGGACGGGGACUCUGCCAAAGAGUGAGAAGGUAAAGAGAACUGACAAAUUAUUAUAAUCUAUAAAGUUUUUCAAUUAAACAUUCUACUUUUUUGUUUAAUUGAAAAACUUCUAAAUCCUUUCUUAGUUGUUGAGACAGUCCAAAUUGUAAAUGGUUACGGUUUUGAUCAGGUAAAAUACAGAGCCAAAAAAAAAAAGGUGUUUAGCGUUUCAAUUCAGCACCAGGGACAGCGACAUACGGCUACUUGCUUUGGUUUGGGUCAGCCUCAUUCUUCGUCACAAGAUUUUGGCAGCAAAGUUGCUUUCUAUUCUUCUCUUUUGGUUGAUUUUGUGAACCUGACAAAAUAUUGUUGUUUUUGGUAUGGUAAAAACAUAAAUGUCUGGCGGACAUUUAUGUUAGAUUAUUAUCAGCAGCCACAUUGAAGUUUCACGGGUAAUUUUGUAACCACAUAUUGUCAUAUGCUAGCUAGUCUGUCACUACAUAAUAUACUUGGUCAUGUUAGCGAAGGCCGCAGAACUCUUAGCCUAAUUGUUUGGAUACCCAUGCGUAAUUACGCAUAACCAACAAUACUUUUUUUUUGCAGGACGAAAAUGCGUUUUUGUCAUAAUUUCGACCUUUGUUUGAAAUAGUACUCUAUUAAGGUCUAACUUUGGCCACAAAUGAUUCGUUAAGAGUCACGGUGGUGCAGAUAGCAUACUUCCAGUGUUGCCAAUAGGUUUUGCGCUGUAUACAUACAAAAACACAUGAUGUCGCUGUUGACCAUGAAAGUUAUUUAUAUCAGGCGGAAUGGUUGGACUCCUCCUCCUGUGAAUACUGUAAAAAGGUUUCGAGUUAAAACCAGUGAUGGGCAUUUCGAGGAGAGAAUGGUGAUAUUGCAUCCAAGUCCACUGUACUAGGCUAUAUAGAUUAGUUGUGAAUAUAGUCAUAUUUAGUUGGACAUUAUUACUAUGAUCAUCGUUACCUUGUGCAAUGAUGGAUCUGUGUAACAAUAGAAGACGUGUUUGGAUACAGUUUCUUCUGCUGCUUUGUUCAUGGGGAUUGUGUUCCGGACAAUUCGUAUAUUCCGUCUCAGAGGAGGUUGAUAAAGGCACAUUUGUUGGAAAUAUCGCCAAAGACCUCAAUCUGAACGUGCGGGAACUGGAAUUGCGAGAGAUUCAGAUUGUAACCGGAUCCGAAAGAAGGUAUUUUGAUGUUGACACAAAGACAGGAGUUCUUUUUGUGAAUGACAGAAUUGACAGAGAGCCUCUCUGUCCGAAUUCCGUAAAGUGCUCCAUAGCUGUAGAGGUCAUAUUAAAUAAUCCUGUACAUAUUCAUCGUAUUGAAGUGAACAUUUUGGACAUAAAUGACAACGUACCAUUAUUUCUAGAAGGCAUUCACGUUGUCAAUAUAACUGAAUCUGCUUUUCCAGGCGACAGAUUUUCAUUACCGUUCGCCAGUGACGCGGAUGUUGGCAGUAACUCGGUUAAGAGCUAUAAACUGAGCCCAAAUGAACACUUCUCUCUGAAUGUUCAGAGCGAUGGAGACCAUGGUGUGUCUGCUGAGUUGGUGCUACAGAAAGCUUUAGACCGAGAAAAACAGGCUGUGAUCAAACUCUUACUGACUGCCGUUGAUGGAGGGAAACCAUCACGAUCCGGGUCCCUACAGUUAGUAAUUAAUGUGAUAGACGUGAAUGACAAUACUCCAACUUUCAGCAAGCUUUUGUAUAAAGUUCAAGUGAUAGAAAAUGUUGCACCUGGAACUUUAAUUCUGACCUUAAAUGCCACAGAUUUAGAUGAGGGGGUGAACGGUGAGAUUGCAUUUUCAUUCACUGAUAAAGGUGAAUUUAAUCGUGUUUUUGCAAUCAACCAGCACACAGGUGAAAUAACAAUUAAAGGGGGGUUAGAUCACGAGGAGAACCCUGCGUUUGAAGUUCGUGUUCAAGCAAAAGACAAAGGCCAUUCACCAAGGAGUGCCCUUUCUAAAGUCCUAAUUGAAAUACUUGAUGUGAAUGAUAAUGCGCCCGAGAUAAUAGUGACAUCGCUUCCUGGCGCGGUCAGAGAGGAUGCGAAGAAAGGAACAGUUGUGGCGUCAAUAACUUUGGUUGACAAAGAUGGUGCUAAAAAUGGAAUGAUCAAAUCCGACAUAAUUGGAGAUGUCCCUUUUAAAUUACAGUCUUCCUAUAAGAACUAUUACUCUUUAGUGGUAGACGGGCCUCUAGACAGAGAGAGUGUCUCUCUUUAUAAUGUAACUAUUAAAGCCACUGAUGAGGGGACCCCACCUCUCUCCAGUACUAGUGUUAUUACUGUACACAUUUCUGAUGUGAAUGACAACGCCCCGCGCUUUCCAGAGCCCAUAAUUAACUUUUAUAUAAAGGAGAAUAGUCCAGUGGCGGUUUGUGUUGGCAGCGUGACAACAAAUGACCCUGAUAUAAAUGACAACUCUCAAGUGACUUAUACUUUAUCAGAAAGCAAAAAAGACUCACAUUUGUCAACAUUUUUAAACUUAAAUUCUCUAACUGGCGAGUUGUUCAGCAUGCAGUCGUUCAACUACGAGGAGACGACAACAUUUCAGUUUCAAAUUCAAGCCACAGACGCUGGUGUUCCUCCACUAAGCAGCAAUGUCACUGUCAGUGUUUUUAUCCUGGAUGAGAAUGACAACAGUCCUGUGAUUCUCCCGCCCUAUUCUGACCACGGUUCCAUUAAUUCUGAGAACAUUCCCUAUUCUGCUGAAGCGGGCUACAUUGUGGCCAAGAUCAAGGCUGUAGACGCAGACUCUGGAUAUAAUGCGCUGCUUUCUUAUCACAUCUCUGAACCAAAGGGGACCAAUCUAUUCAGAAUUGGAACCAGCAACGGAGAAAUAAGGACUAAGAGACGCAUGAGUGACAAUGACUUAAAAACUCACCCGCUGGUCAUUCUGGUGUCUGAUAAUGGAGAACCUUCCCUGUCUGCAACUGUGUCUAUUGAUGUUGUGGUCGUUGAAAGUACAGGUGAAAUGAAGACAACUUUCAGACAACUGCCUGUUAAGGAGGAGAGUUUCUCAGAUUUAAAUCUUUAUCUGCUCGUCGCCAUUGUGUCAGUAUCAGUGAUAUUUCUACUGAGCCUCAUCAGUUUAAUAGUUAUAAAAUGCCACAAGACAGACGGCAGUUUCAGCAGGUACAGCGCCCCGAUGAUCACCACACACCCUGACGGGAGCUGGUCUUACUCCAAAUCUACUCAGCAGUAUGACGUGUGUUUUAGCUCGGACACACUGAAGAGUGACUUAGUAGUUUUCCCGACACCGUUUCCAUCUGCUGAUGGUGAGCUGAUCAGUAUUAAUGGAGGGGACACGUUUCCAAGGACUCGAACGCUGUCAAAUAUUGAGAAGGUAAGGAAGGCUAACCUUUCAUAA